AUGAGUCCAAUGAUGUAUCCAGAUGCUGCUAGAUAUUAUGCACCCACCAUGACCCAAGUGCAGCCAGCUUACUUCGUUUCCAACAGUAUGCCAAGAUUGCAAACAACCGUUCCAAGAACAAUUUCCAUGCCUGCUAAUGAGAAAAUUUCGACGACAAAGAUACACUCUGUUAUAACAUCUCAUUCCAUCACAGGUUGGUCAGGAACACCCGCCUCCCAGCAGAACGUGUACGUCAGCCAGCGUAUGUCUGGGCAAUCCCAAGAAUCAGUUAAGGCACCAUCACGUGCUGUAGUUAACCAAGAAAUGGAACCACUUACUGCCACCAUGUUGGCCACAGCACCACCUCAGGAACAAAAACAAAUGUUAGGAGAACGUCUGUACCCUCUCAUUUCUCGUUUUUCUCCAGAAAUGGCCGGCAAGAUUACAGGCAUGUUACUGGAAUUCGACAACACCGAACUUUUGCACUUGUUGGAGUCUCAAGAGUCACUUGAAGCUAAGGUCAAGGAAGCUGUUGAAGUAUUACAACGUCACAAUGUUCGAGCAUCCACUUCCCAUGUUUAGACUGUUAUUUAUAUCUACAUCCAAAAGUGUAAAAAUUACAUUAAUUUGGUAUAAUUUGGUUUAUAUACAUGUGACAUCGUAUUACACUAUUGUCAAUUUAUUUUCUUUUAAAUUUGAUACAUUUUGAAAAUACAUGCGUCUUUGAUACCAUUUAGUAAGCAAUUGUAGUGGUCUGAAUGAUCAAUAUGUAUGUUCUUUUUGUAUGCACACCUGACGUAAUACCAUACGCAUGACUGGUUAUUUUAGCAACCAGUGUAACGUGGGUCAAAAUUCUACGUUAUAUCGGCAAAGUACGCAAUUUUAACCAAAAGGUUACCAAUAAUUAUCGAUGUAGUUAAUUUUUGCGAUUUUAGGGAUAAUUUUAUAAUUUUUUAUACAAUAUUGUGUGAUUGAAUUAUAA